AUGGCGGCGAUAGAGUAUAGAGGAGCCAAUGCCGUUACCAAUUUCGACAUUAGCAAUUACGUAGACCGAUUGAAGCAAAAGGGCGUUUUCCCGUUCCCUCUAAACCAAAUACAAGAGCCCGUGGUCGAGUCAUCGGCUGCAGAAACCGAGCAAGAAACAGGUGUAAGAAAAGCAAAAGCCGAGCUGCCGCAGCAAGAAGAACCCGAACAAGAAGAAGAAGAGUAUGAACAGUAUCUGCAGCAACCGAAUGAAGAAGAGAGACAAGAACAGGAUAUCAUUGAAGAGUUUCAGACAUAUAAAGAAGACGUCACUUGCUGCAUGGACUCAUCGACCAUUAUGGAGAUGGACCCUUCGGACAACAAUAAGCUGGCUUGGAGCUUCUGUGCGGAUAUAGGGUUUGCUCCAUUUCUGACGGAUCAGAAGCUGAUGUCCACCGAUGAACCCAUCGAGUUCCCCGAACUGUUAGACGAGAUGGGGUUUGAGGAAAACAUCGACUUCAUGUUCGAGGAUGCGAAACCGGAUUUAUUGGCUUUGGACAACCCGAGUUGCUGCGGUUGUUUGGUCACAGCAGAGAGCCCUUCUUCUUCGUUGUCUCCAUCAUUUUCGUCCUCCAGCGAGUCAACGACAACUUCUGUUUCUUGUAACUACUCUGUCUAA